GUUAUUCAGAUAUCCCAUGAUUUGGAUUCGCUCUGUUCUCCUUUUUCCUAAAGAAUGAGGGACUGACUUAAGAGAGCUUGUAAACAUGCUUGUAUUGUUUGAGACGUCAGGUGGUUUUGCACUCUUUAAAGUAUUAGAUGAAGGAAAGCUCGCUAAUGUUGAGGAUUUGGGUGAUGAGUUCUCGUCUGCAGAGUCAGCUCGAAGGAUGGUUAGGCUAAUAGCUUUUCAUAAGUUUGAUAACACAUCUGAAGCUCUUGAAGCAGUGGCUAAACUGGUAGAGGGAACUCCAAGCAAAGAUUUACGCAAGUUCUUGAAAAAUAACUGUGGUGAUGGUGAAACCUUAGCGGUGGCUGAUUCAAAGCUUGGAAAUAUUAUCACUGAGAAACUGGACAUACAAUGUGUUCACAACAACGCUGUUAUGGAGCUAUUACGCGGUGUGAGAAGCCAGUUAACCGAACUUUUAUCCGGAUUGGAUGAUAACGAUUUAGCUCCAAUGAGCCUGGAAUUGUCUCACAUCCUUGCUAGAUAUAAACUAAAAAUCACCUCUGAUAAGGUGGAGACCAUGAUAAUCCAAGUUAUUGGUCUGCUUGAUGAUCUUGACAAAGAGCGUAACACUUACGCUAACGGGGUUCGUGAAUUGUACGGUUUGCAUUUUCCCGAGCUUGCGAAGAUCGUACAGGACAAUAUCUUAUAUGCCAAGGCUGUUAAACUAAUGGGGAAUCGGAUUAAUGCUGCAAAUCUAGACUUCUCCGAGAUAUUGGCUGAUGAAGUUGAAGCAGAACUUAAAGAGGCUGCUGUGAUAUCUAUGGGAACUGAAGUCAGUGACCUUGAUUUGAUGCACAUCCGACAACUCUGUGACCAGAUUCUGUCUCUUGCUGAGUACAGAGCUCAGCUUAAUGACUACUUGAAGAGUAGAAUGAACAAAAUUGCACCAAAUCUAACUGCCCUUGUCGGGGAGCUAGUCGGUGCUCGCCUAAUUUCUCAUUGUGGUAGUUUAUUAAACCUCGCAAAGCUACCUGGGAGCACGAUUCAGAUUCUUGGAGCUGAAAAGGCCCUAAAUAGAGCCCGCAAGAACAAACACGCCACUCCAAAGUACGGUCUAAUCUACCACGCACCUGUGGUUAGCCAAGCUGCACCAGAGCACAAGGGUAAAAUCUCACGGUCACUAGCUGCAAAAGCUGCUCUUGCUAUCCGGUGUGAUGCUUUUGGUGAUGGCCAAGACAGCACUAUGGGAGUGGAAAACCGCUUAAAGCUUGAAGCGCGGUUGAGAAAUCUUGAAGGAGGAGAUUUAGGAGCCUUCGAAAAAGAAGAAGUUUAUGACAAAGAUGAAAAGAAGAAAACUGAUGAUGAGGAGCCUAAAACUGAGGACCCUUCGAAGAAGAGGAAGACGGAAGCAGAACCUGAGACAGCAGAAGAGCCCGCAAAGAAGGAGAAAAAGAAGAGUAAACACGAGCCUAUUACUCGUUCCGGUGAGUUUCUUUCUUGCGAUGGGUUUUUACUUGUUCGUGAGGAAGAGGGUGAAGUGUCUGUUCUUGGAGCAGCUUCUUUGCUCGAGUUUUGCGGCGGCCCCCUCCCAGGUGGGAUGUGGAGUCGUUUCUGGUUUGGUUUGGCUGCUCAGCGAGGCUUGGUGGCGUUUCCGGUCAGUUCGUGGUGAGAGAUGGGUCUGAGUUGUUCUGUCGGAUCUGGUUGGGCCGUGUUUUCUUGUUUGUUGGUGGCUCUCGAUCGUUUAUGCGGUCGGUUUGCUCUUCUUGCUCCUUUGUCUCCCAUCCUCCGGCGUCAAUUUUUCAGAUCUGGUUCUUCCUUUCUCGGGUUUGUUGCUCUGGUUUGCGGGUUCUUCUCCGGAUUGUUUUGGAAUUUUUGGAAUCUUCUUUUUGUGGGAUCUUUGUCUGUCCUGUAGUUGGAUCUUGUUUGAGUGAAGUUUCUGUUCUGGCCAAUUGCUUGCUUGCCGUGGUGUUGUGUUUGGCAUCGAAUGUCCUGGAAAAUCUCUCCUUGUGAAGAGACGGACUCGUUGCUAUUUGCCAUUGGCUCUAGGCUCAUUUUCUUUGGUUGGUUCUUCUGUCUCAUUAAGAUCUGCUUCGUUUUGGAGUUUGUGGGUCACUUUUUUGCCAUCAUAAGCGGUAUCUCUACCAGUUUUGAGGUUAUCGACUUCUCGGGGUUGGUUUGGAACGUUUAAUACUAUCCAAAGCUCUAUCAAUUCUUUCAGCAGAGAGAAGAGCUAUACAAUGGGUUUUGAUUCGGUUCCUCUCCACAAGUCAAUUAAGGCAAUUGUGCGUU